CUGGAGUCCCCUAUCGUCAAUUCAGACCUGGAGAGAGCAUUUUCCAAACAACUGCGAGGAAGCUAUGUCCAUAAUACAACGCCAAAAGAAUGGGGGCUCAGCCGCUUUGAGCGCAUACAGGGACCAACAUUUUAAGGGCAGCCGUAAAGAGCAAGAAGAAGCACUUCUCCACUCCAGCACAUUAUAUGUAGGGAAUCUUUCUUUUUACACCACAGAGGAACAAAUUCAUGAACUUUUUUCAAGAUGUGGUGACAUAAAAAGAAUAAUCAUGGGACUAGACAGAGUUAAGAAGACGCCAUGUGGUUUUUGUUUUGUGGAAUAUUACACAAGAGAAGAUGCAGAAAUGUGUGUGCGCUACGUCAAUGGUACGAGGUUAGAUGAUCGUAUCGUACGGGCAGACUGGGACGCUGGCUUCAGAGAGGGAAGGCAAUAUGGCCGUGGGAAAACAGGAGGACAGGUGAGAGACGAAUACAGAAAUGAUUACGACGAUGGUCGAGGAGGAUACGGAAAGAUAGUGACCAAUAAAUGGACUGGCAAGCCUCCUACCACAUAAAACUUCAUACUCUGAAUAUUGUAAGAUAGAGUUUAAGAUUGGCCAACAGACACUGUUACAUUGGUAUGUUUUCAAAAUGACACUGGCACCGAUUACAAAAACACACAUUAGACUACAUCUGGAGAUAUUUGAGGAUAGACUUGAAGAUUUACCAACAGUCACUGUUACAUUGGUAUGUUCUCAAAAUGGCACUGGUACAAAUUCCUGCCACAUUAGACUGCAUCCAGGGAUAUUUGAGGAUAGACUUAAAGAUUUACCAACAGUGACUGUACCUUUGGGAUGUUUUCUAAAAGUCUCUGGCAUCAACUCCUGCCACUUAAGACUUCAGUCAGUAAGCAUUCUAUAAAGAUUGAACAACAGUGACUUUUUAAAACAAUUUUGGAAAGAGACCAUGACUGGCUUCAUUCUUAUGGUUUCAUUUUCCCAGAAAUAAUUUUCAAAGCACACAGUUUAGCAGAGAGUUCAUUAUCUAGGUUUUUAAGGAGAUAACAUGACUUGAACAUGGGAAUCAUUUUCAGCAAGACACCAGCAUGAUUUUAUUUGGUUCAUUCACUUUAUUAUUAUUUAACUGGUACAAGUUCAUUGUGAGUUGAAGAAGACCAAUUUGGAAAUUUAUGUAUCAAGUUUUGGUGAACCUGCCAACUCAAGUUCUUUUGUAAAACCCCCUUCUGAAGUUUCCAGGACUAUAUUUGUAAGACUAUCUGAUUAUUGAAUACCCUGCAGAUUUUGAUUCCAUAUGGUUUUAUCCUUUAUAGCGAGAGGAAGAGAGAUUUGCAGGGUUAUUUCAGAGAUUUAUCAUUACUUUAGUAAUUUUUUUAUAUACAUAUAAUUCAAUAUCAUCUCACAUCGUUUGUUUUGUCAUGUUCUUCAUUGUAUGACUGAGAGAGUGAGAGCAUUAGUGUUUAUUGUAAAUUUGAAGAAAACUAAUGCUAUAGCAGUGAAAGAAAGAAAACUGUUCUUUUUUAUUAGC